GUUUGUAUUCGUCUCAUACUUCUUUUGCUUUUAAUUGAUGAAACCAAAGCGUCAGAAUUGUCAGGAUUCCAAUGGGAGAAUGAAUUGCACAAGAGCCCUGCAAACAUUUGUCAGUAACCCUCAGUCGACUGCGAUGCCGUUUGACCUCACCAUGUGUUUCAGCCUGAGCCAGCGCCGGCGACUUUAUCAUCUUAUAAGCACGAAACCUAGUUUGCAUCAUUAUCCACCCACCGACGGUCCACAGAGGACCAGUUUCCACUCUUCCCUGUCCCCCGCUUUGAGUCUCUCGUCGCCCUCGCCUUCCUUAAAACUUCGGAGCUGUCUCCACAGGAAAGCCGGUGGCCUCUGCAAGAAACGCGUGGUGUUUGCAGACGCCAAAGGGCUGGCCCUCACUGUGGUGCAUCUAUUUUUUCCUGAUGCAUCCUCCUUAACCGAGACACAUCUAAUAGAAGCCUGCCCGGAAAAACUGACAGAGUCAAAAAAGACACAGAACCACAAGUAUCGUCUGGGCUUUCCUCAGCCCACUCUAGACUCAAAAGCGUUCCUCGCACGCCUACAAGAGACAAACGUACAAUUGGAAAGCUGCAACAUUUUUGAAAGCUGCCUUAGCGGCAAAGUGCUCGUCUGCCACGGGAGCCCUGACAAGGCCGUGCACUUAAGGCUCACCUUUGACUCCUGGCAGCACUAUUACGACAUCCCAUGCGCAUUUUUGCAACAGCAGCGCUGUGGAGGUUCCGACGUGGAUGUUUUUAACUUCGACUUCAAUAUACCUCAGGACGUAAACCCAAUGGAAGGGAUCGAGUUUUGCGUGUCUUUCAGGCCUGGAUGUGGUACAUCGAUGCACUGGGACAACAACAGAGGGAAGAAUUACAAGGUUCACGUGGACAAAAAUGGAGGACAGUCCCGCAAUUCUCUACUCAAGGACUGACAGCCAUCUUGGCCUUCUUUUGUGGCCCUCAGUGUAGAGAACCAAGCGACUGUGAGGUACUUCAAAGGAGGUUGUCUGAGCGGAAUUGGAACUCCUUAGUUCAGAUAAAUAAAUCAGAUUACAGCUGUCCAGUCAAAAGAGCGAUGGGGUCAUAAAUAAUGGAAAUAAUGAAUAUGCACUGCGAAAUGGUCACUGCUGGAAGUGUCAUAGCUUAGCUUCCCUGCUGAAAUGUGAAUAUUUAAACGUUGAAUUGACAAUGAAGCUCUUGUCACUAGAACAUCUAGAGCACAUUUUUCAAAAAUGAGAAGUUGAGCUUGAGGUUUUAAUGAGCCCCCCCACCCCAAAAACAGGCUAGCUCUGAUACUGAUAAUAUAAUAAAUCAUGCAAAAUUGUAACUAAAAUAUGUUUUAGUCCUGUUUCACCA